AUGGCGUCUUUCAUAUCGUUGGCUACGGUGGCCAGCUUGCUUGCCGUGCUCCCCACCUCCAUGGCAGCAUUCAGCCCAGGCUCACGCAACAACGCAUUCAGCCCAGGCUCACUGAACAACACGUUCAGCCCAGGCUCACAGAAAAACAUUGCCAUUUACUGGGGUCAAAACUCGAUCAACCAAGGCAGCGGCCCUCUCGCCCAAAAGCGUCUUGGAUACUAUUGCGAGAACACCGAUAUCAACGUUAUCCCGGUCGCGUUCAUGAAUGGCAUAACUCCUGCCAUCACAAACUUUGCGAAUGCAGGCGAUAACUGCACAGCGUUUGCUGACAACAAAGACGUCUUGAACUGCCCCCAAAUUGAAGAGGACAUCAAGACGUGCCAGGACAAACACAGCAAGACAAUCGUGCUAUCUCUCGGCGGAGCUACUUACUCUCAGGGCGGCUGGUCCAGCCCUAGUGAGGCCGAGGCUGCGGCACAGACGGUAUGGGAUAUGUUUGGACCCGUGCAGUCGGGAAACAAGGUCAACCGUCCCUUUGGCAGCGCCGUUGUUGAUGGCUUCGACUUUGACUUUGAGAGCACCACCAACAACCUCCCCGCUUUUGGUGCCAAACUGCGCAGCCUCAUGGACGGUGCGGGAGGCAAGAAAUUUUACCUGGCUGCUGCCCCUCAGUGCGUCUUCCCCGACGCAGCCGUGGGCGCCGCUCUUGAUGCCGUCGCGUUUGACUUUGUCAUGAUUCAGUUUUACAACAACUGGUGUGGCGUGUCCAACUUCAAGGAGAACGCGACCACGCAAGACGCCUUCAACUUUGACGUCUGGGACAAGUGGGCGCACGGCAGCAAGAACCCCGACGUGAAGCUCCUGCUAGGCAUUCCCGCGGCUCCAGGUGCUGGCGGCGGAUACACCGAGGGCUCCAAGCUCAAGGCGGCCAUCAACUACUCGCAAAAGUUUUCCAGCUUUGGCGGCGUCAUGAUGUGGGACAUGUCGCAGCUCUACUCCAACAGUGGCUACUUGAAGGAGGUGCUUUCCGACAUUGCGGGCGGCCCAACAACGACUGUCCCUCCUGGGACAACAACGACCUCAAGCCCGUGUACCACUUCAUCUCCGCCUCCGUCCGGUGGACUGGAUAAGUAUGCUCAGUGUGGUGGAAAUGGCUACAACGGUCCAACAGUGUGCAAGGCUCCGUACACUUGCGUCAAGCUGAGCGAUUGGUGGUCGUCCUGCAAAUAA